UGCGCCGCACCUGUCCGCCCGCCUCUGCCCGCUCACCGCUGCUUGCGGAUUACCCUCGGGCCGACAGCCCAGGGUACUUUGGGGACCUCCAGCACCCAGGACCGCCCAGAAGGCCCGUCCACCUUUUGUUUGGGUAGCGUCGCCGAGAGUGCCGGAGGGAACGGCCGGGCCUUCGGGAAUCGCCUUCGGAGGUCACCAGUCCUCCGGGCGUAGCCUGCUCCCUCUGCUGGGAGCCCCUCGCCCCGCCAGAGGGGCGAUUUGUGUCUACUUCGGGUGAUACGAACUUUGCAGUCACUCGACAGAAAACUUGGUUUUCUCUUUGGGCGACUUCUAACUCCACCGCAAGUUGUCUUGUGGGUUUGCCCCUCAAAGUUUGUUUGUUUUACUGCAGAAGCGCCGGCUCGGCGCCCCCAGUCUCUUCUGAGGGCGGAAUGGCCAAUUCGGGCUUGCAGCUGCUAGGCUUUUCCAUGGCCCUGCUGGGCUGGGUGGGCCUGGUGGCGUGCACCGCCAUUCCUCAGUGGCAGAUGAGUUCGUACGCGGGGGACAACAUCAUCACGGCCCAGGCCAUGUACAAGGGGCUGUGGAUGGACUGCGUCACGCAGAGCACGGGACUGAUGAGCUGCAAAAUGUACGACUCGGUGCUGGCCCUGCCGGCGGCCAUUCAGGCCACUCGAGCCCUGAUGGUGGUAUCCCUGGUGCUGGGCGUCAUAGCCAUGUUAGUGGCCACAAUGGGCAUGAAAUGUACACGCUGCGGGGGAGACGACAAAGUGAAGAAGGCCCGUAUAGCCAUGACCGGAGGCAUCAUUUUCAUCGUAGCAGGUCUUGCCGCUUUGACAGCUUGCUCCUGGUAUGGCCACAUGAUUAUCACAGAUUUUUAUAAUCCUUUGGUCCCCAUGAAUACUAAGUACGAGUUCGGUCCCGCCAUCUUCAUUGGCUGGGCAGGGUCUGCUCUGACCCUCUUGGGAGGUGCACUGCUCUCUUGCUCUUGUCCUGGGAGUGAGAGCAAAUCUGGGUAUCGUGCUCCUCACUCCUACCCUAAGUCCAACUCUGCCAAGGAGUAUGUGUGAGCUAGGAAACCCCCUUGCCCCAGCCUGGCAGCCGUGGGUGUGGUCCAACACUUGAAAGGACUUGGGACAGAGAGCUCAGCCUGUGGGCAGGAUGUGCAGUGGAUGCUGUAGGGUCACUCCAGUCUUGCACGCCAUGUACAGUACCCUGGGGGCUGGGUUAAGGAGGCCAAAAGAGGGAUGGGUGUGCUUUUUGUACAGUAAUAAAAAAUACAUUUUGGAAAGUAGGCUUCUUUCUUCUCCCUUCAGGGCUUUUUUCUU